AUGGCUGUGAACGUCCCCGGCGUGAUCGUGAUGGUGGUCUUCUACCUGCUGGUCCUCGGGACCGGCAUCUGGGCCUCCUUCAAGUCCAAACGGGAGCAGAAGAAGAGCGCGGCCACUGGGAUGGAGAUGGCCCUGCUGGGGAACCGGGGCAUCGGCUGGGUGGUGGGGAUCUUCACCCUGACAGCGACGUGGGUGGGAGGUGGCACGAUCGUUGGCACAGUGGAGGUAAUGUACAGGCCCUCCAUGGGACUGACCUGGACACUCAUCAUGUUUGUAGCACACGGCACUUCGUUCUUUACAGCUGGUCUAGUCUUUGCUCAGCCGAUGAGAGACAGAAUGUGCAUCACCAUGCUGGAUCCCUUGCACAUGAAAUAUGGAAAAACACCCACCGUGAUCUUGAGUUUGGCUUCACUUCUGAUCGAUGUGGCCUGGAUACCAUCCACACUCAUCGGUCUUGGAGGAAUCAUGAGUGUUGUUCUAAAUUUGCCAUUCACUGUCUGCAUCUGGAUCUCUGCUGCUGUGGCCAUCACCUACACACUGAUGGGAGGUCUCUACUCAGUGGCAUACACUGACGUGAUACAACUUGUCCUGGUUUUCAUUGGUUUGAUUGUCUGCGUUCCCUUCGUCAUGACGAACCCUCACUGCCUCAACAUCAGCCACACUCUGCUGAACAACAGCCUGCAUGCUCCCUGGAUUGGAAAACCAGAGCUGAGCAGAAUCUGGAUCUUAAUUGAUGACUUCUUCUUCUGGGCGUUGGGCUCGGUCGGAUAUCAGUGCAUCCACCAGAGGACCCUGUCAGCUUCAUCCUCCAGCUCCGCCAAGCUCACAUGUGUUAUUGCAGCUUUGCUGUUUCUUUCAUUCGGGAUACCUCUCAUUCUGCUCGGAGCCGCUGUGUCGUCGACAGACUGGAACAUGACCUCCUACGGUUCUCCGUCUCCAUACGAACGUGGUGAAGCAGCUCUGGUCCUGCCCAUCGCCCUGCAGCACCUCACCCCGACCUUCGUCUCCAUCAUCGGCAUCGGAUGUGUGGCUGCAGCCGUCAUGUCUUCAGCCGACUCUGCUUUGCUUUCUGCUGCUUCGGUUUUCAGCCAAAACAUCUACAAGAGCGUCCUGAGACCCAUGGCAUCUGACAGGGAGAUGCUGUGGGUGAUCCGGGCUGUUGUAGUUGUGGUGGGCUUGGCCGGCACGUCGUUCACCAGCCUGAAAAUUAGCAUCGUACUGUACUGGCUCAUCAGUGGCGAGCUGGCCUACAUCGUCAUCUUCCCUCAACUCGUCUGCGUCCUCUUCUUCAAAGUCUCCAACGCUUACGGGGCCAUUUCGGGCUUUGUGGUGGGACUGGUGUUGAGAGUGCUCAGUGGAGAUGCAACACUGGGACUGCCUGUCACUCUCCAUUUCCCAGGAUGCACUCUGGAGGACGGCGUCUACGUCCAGUACGCUCCGGUUAAGACCAUCUCCAUGGUGUGUGGUCUUGUCUCCAUCUUGCUCGUCUCCUAUCUGACGUCUGUGCUAUUCAGUAAAAACCUGCUUCCUGAGAGGUGGGACGUGUUCAGAGUGAAAGUCCAGCAGCCGCCACAACCACUGACACCAGCGGGUGGCGCCGCAGACAACAAGGACAGCCCGACGGAGCCAAUGAUGAGCUACAGUUAG